UAUGUUUAGAUGGAGGUGGUAUUCGUGGAAUUCUCUAGUUAAUAUUCCUAAGUGAAUUGGAAUAAAAAACAAAUAAAAAAUGCUUUGAAUUAUUCGAUACAUUUGCCGGAACAUCGAUUGGCGGAAUUAUGUCAUUAGCUUUGGCUUGCGGUCAUACUGCUAAAGAACUUCUUUAUAAAUUUAUAGGAAACACUAAAAACCAUAUAUUUUCUACCAAACACUACCUUAGAUAUAUUUUGGGUAUUCAAGCAGAAUCUAAUGAUAUAAACACUGAUUUAAAAUACUCUUUAUAUGAUAAGGAUGGGUUAGAAAAAGAACUUGCGGCCUUUUUUGGUGAAAAAACACUACAAGAUAUUUCAAAACCGUUCUAAUUACUUCCUGUGAGAUCCAAAAUGACAAAAUGUGCCCUGUAGUAUUUAUUAAGACGCCUAAAAAAUGCGGCAAAAGCGAAAUUUAUGGAAUGCAUGCAAAUCCAGAAGUAGAUUAGGCUUUUUAGAACACUAAAAUUAGAGACAUUGCAAGAGCAAGUUCUGCCGCUUACCCUUUCUUUGCUGCUAAAAUUAUAAAUGAAAAAUAGUAUGUUGAUGGCGGCUUUUUAUUUAACAAUGUGGAUAUUUUAUUACUUAAUCUGUUGAAACAAGAUGGUUUUUUACCUGAAAAAAUUAAAAUAUUAAGCCUCGGAAACGCCCCAUCAGAAAUUAUGACUUCUUCUUAAAUUUUAGAAAGGGCAAAGACUAUGUUCUAAGGACUUCUUUAGUCCCUAAAAAGUCUCAUAAACCCCGAAACUUACUACGAGUAAUAUUUUGCUAUGUGCGGAAUAAAUUUCGAACAUUCGAUAGCCGAAACAAGCUGUAUUUUGGGUAAAAACUACAUUAGAAUAGCUCCUUAGUAUCCUAAUAAUUAAUUUAUUAGACUAGAUUCAGUUUCUGUGUAAAGUUUGUAGACUAUAAAGUACGUUGGGGGUAAUUGGAUAAGAGAUAGUGAAUAAAAAGGGGUAUAUGAAUGUAUUUUAAAGUGGUUUGGAUAAGUGAAAAAAGUGGAUCUUUCAGUAGAGAUUAUGCCUAGGUAUUAUUCAUAUAGAAACUUAUAUAGUGAAAUCGAAAAUAUAGAGGAUGAGGGUUUAUGGAAGAAAAACCUUUUAAAUUUCAAUUUCCCGUAUGAUUCUAAGGAAAUAGUAAUAGAACCGAAAAAUAUUUAUAGUUUAUUUAAGUAUUUUUUCUAAAAUAUGGAUGAAAGCAUUAAUGAUUUAUAAUAUUUAAUUUGCAAAGCAGCUGCUAUAGGACAUAUUCCAUCUCUUGCACAUAUAUUGGAAGGAAAAAAAGAAGAAAUUUAAAAAGAAUUAAUACUAUAACCUGGUACUAAUAAUUGGAAUUCAUUACAUUAUGCAGCUGCAAAUGGAGAAAUCGCAGCUUUUGUGUAUUUAGUGGAAAUUUUGGUAAGUACAUACAGUUUAAUUGGCGAUGGAUAAUUGCUAGAAAUAGUUUAUUAGUGUAAUUGA